GGGCUGUCAGAUGGGAAUAACGUGACAAAGGCGAGUUUUUCUCUAUUCCGCUGUAUUUUCCUGUAAAAAUAUGUAUCUGAAGAGUUUACAACUCAGUGUCGAAUUGUGAUCAACAAUUAACCUUAUAGACCAAUAACGUUUCGCAUUACCGAGUUAAUUAAUAGCGACGUUUAUUGCAUACUUCACUAGAUGCUUGCACUUUUAUAUUAGAUCCUCAUUCAUACGGGCAGAGAUAGCAGCGUCAAUGAGCAUACGAGCAUUGUGGGUUGUCUCCCACGAGAAGGGUGAAUCUGGAAAAGUGCGAUUUUCCAGACGGUACCCGACAGCUGAGUUUCAUGCCAAAUCCUUGGCUGGAGCUCAGUAUGUGGCUGUUCCAGAGGACUGUGUUUUACCUCAGCUUCUGCUGACAGAAUUGGGACAGGUGGAUCCUGACAAACCUUACAUAGACAUACGGGAUGACUGUGCCCGGCCACAGCGUUCACCGGCUGUGGAGCUCUGUGUUGAAGGCCCGGGUGGGAGAACUCUCUGGCCUGUGCUGACUGUCACUCAAGGAGAAAUAAUCUUAGCCUGCCUUCCUCUUGUGGAGGCCCCUCCUGAGCCCCGGCCACCUCUGCCCAGCCUGGCCUCAGUCUCACAGGGCUUAGCUCUGCUCUCAGGCCUGCAGGAUUUCCUCUGUGGCCCAGGAGGUAAACUGCCGGAGCCUGAUGUGCUAGUGUCCCGCCUGGCAGCUCUUCCUUCGAUACUCCUGCAGGUUUGCCCUUUGGGACGGCCACGGGACACCCCCCCUCCAGGUGGAACUGUGCCUACUGCUGUGGCUCCGAGCCCAGGGGGGGCUCAGAAACAGCCAGCCUGGAAAGCAGGGGUCCAUCGAGGAAGGGCUGUAGUGAGUGUGGGCCUUACAGAGAAAGUGAGGUCCAUGCAGUACGGCAAGAGUACUCGACAGGAUCUGUGGGAUGUGUACGGCAUGGUUAUGUGCAAAUGUGAGGUGGAAGGUGUUCUCCCCAAUGUGACUGUCACCCUCACCCUUCCACCCAAUGGCUCACCACUGCUGGACAUUCUUGUCCAUCCUUGUGUAACGUCUUUGGAUGCAAGCAUCCUUACUGCCUGCAGCGUGGAGGAGAAUGACGGCUCCGCUUUUUCAGGGCCAUACAAGUUUCCUUUCUCACCUCCUUUGGAGCUUUUCAGACUCUGCAGUUACACCUCACAGGUACCUGUGCCACCGAUUCUUGGCUCUUACCAGCUGAAUGCAGAGGAGCAUCAUCUAAAGAUGAAUGUGGUAUUAAAACUCCAUGAAAGUGUCAAAAACAACUUCGAGUAUUGUGAGGCACACCUUCCAUUUUUCAACCGAAACCUGAUGGGAAACGUGGAUGUCAAAGUGAGCUCAGGACAGCUUGAGGUGUCUAAAGAGAAGAACCUGCUGGUUUGGGUUCUUGGUCAGAAGUUUCCAAAAUCUCGGGAAGUAUCACUGGAGGGAACUGUACAUUUUUCUGGGACUGUUGCUGGACCAGCAGAUCCGCUGUGCACUGGACUCACCACAUAUAUAAAACUUUACUUCCGUAUACAAGAUUUGACCUUAUCUGGAUGUUGUGUGGACCAACACUCCGUGCAGGUUUACUCGUCUGCUAAACCACGGAUCGUCACAACACGAGAGCUGGUCUCCUCAGAAUACUACAUUUGGAACUCCACAGGUGAUGCUCCGGUUUCCUCUGGACUCAUGAUACUGUGACAGUACCUCGCUAAUGUAUCAUCUUAAAAUAUCGCUGCCAAUGUUUAUCGCAGAUCGCAGGCAUUAGGAUUAGGAAGGAUCGUGUUAAAUUGCCUUUGAUCCUAUAUGCAAAUGUUGCUGCUGACAGAUUGCAAUCACUCUCAUACAGUGGUGUAUGGUCUUUUCUAAUACAUCACGAUGAAAUAUAACAUUUUCAGUCCCGUGCUUUACAUGCAUUAUGUUCGUCUUUGUUUGCAUGACUCAUUCAUUUAGCUGAAACUGUGCUGACACAUGAUGAAUGUUUGUUUAUGAGAGCUUUAUAUAAUUCAAAGUAGAAAAGUAGAAAUAUUUUUUGAUGAGCUGAGACAAUGCAUAAAGAAAAGCUUUGAUUUGCACAUAUUUUAGACUAACUUUCAUCUUUAUCAAUGAGAAGUAAUAAAGAAAAAAAGCUUCAAUCAACUCUUCUCUUAUUUUGCUUCAGAUUAGACUCUGGAUGUUCACCAGUGUUCAAUUUUUGGUUUCCCCUAUUAGCUGUUCAGCUGGUCUGUAUA